GGGUCUACCUUGCCCCGCACCGUCACGCUAUGGAGUAUAAAGCAAGACCGCAUCUGUGGUUUUGGGUGACCGUCUUCAGCGGCAUAAUUUCCAAGGUGUCCAGCAUGUCUUCCGAAUGUUCCAUCAUGCUGCUCAUUGAAUCCGAGCGGGACAAAUGUUUUGAGCGCUCAGACUUUGAUAACCAAACUUUAGGCUGCGGGAGUAUGUGGGACAACCUUACUUGCUGGCCUGCAGGAAGUCUGGGCGAAGUCAAAGUCCUGCCCUGCCCCGUCUAUUUCACCCUCUUUUCAAGGACUGCAGGUAAUGUGAGCAGGAACUGUACCAGCGAAGGCUGGUCUGAAAUGUACCCUCCAUACAUCGCAGCCUGUGGGUAUGAUCCCAACGCCACAAACGUGGUGGAACAGAACACAUUCUACGGCACUGUGAAGACUGGGUACACCAUUGGGCACAGUUUGUCCCUCGUUGCUCUCACGGCGGCCAUGGUGGUUCUGUGUUUCUUCAGGAAACUCCACUGCACUCGGAAUUACAUCCACAUGCAUCUCUUCAUGUCCUUCAUCAUGAGAGCUAUCGCCGUCUUCAUCAAGGACGUCAUCCUCUUUGAGAGCGGAGAGUCCGACCACUGCUUCAUUGGCUCGGUUGGCUGCAAGGCUGCGAUGGUCUUCUUCCAGUACUGCAUCAUGGCCAACUUCUUCUGGCUCCUAGUUGAAGGCUUGUACCUUCACACGCUUCUGGUCAUCUCCUUCUUCUCAGAGAAAAAAUAUUUCUGGUGGUACAUCCUGAUCGGCUGGGGUGCACCCAGCUUGUUUAUCUCUGCCUGGACUAUCACUCGGAUCCACUUUGAGGAUGUUAGUUGUUGGGACUUAAUCGAAUCUCCCUUUUGGUGGAUCAUCAAGGCUCCCAUUUUGGUUUCCAUAUUGAUAAAUUUCGUCCUCUUUAUUUGCAUCAUCCGGAUCCUGGUUCAGAAACUUCACUCUCCAGACGUCGGACGAAAUGAUACAAGCCAGUAUUCGAGACUUGCGAAAUCCACCUUACUGCUGAUCCCACUCUUCGGCAUCCACUACACCAUCUUUGCCCUCUUCCCCGACAAAUCAAAGCUGCUGGAGAUGAAGCUGGUCUUCGAACUUGUGCUGGGGUCCUUUCAGGGCUUUGUGGUGGCUGUCUUGUACUGCUUCCUCAAUGGAGAGGUCCAAGCCGAGCUGAAGCGGAAGUGGCGAAGGUGGCACAUGGAGAGGUUCCUGGGCUCCGACAUGAAAUACCACCACCCCUCCAUGGGCAGCAACGGGACCAACUUCAGCACCCAGAUCUCCAUGCUCACCAAGUGCAGUCCCAAGAGCAGGCGCUGCUCCAGCUUCCAAGCCGACUUGUCUCUGGUUUGAGACCCGGAUGCGAAUGACCGAGGGACCAAAUGGGUGGGACGCAAAGCAAUGGGAGA